AUGUCUGAUUCCGAAGAAGAACAAGUUGAUUUGACUUCCAAGUUUGGAUUGGGCGAUGCGUCCGAUUCUGGAGAUGAAAGUGGAAGUGGAAGCUCGGAUGAAGAGCCAACUCAAUAUCAAGAUGAGAUUAUCUACUCUGAUGAAGAAGAUGAUAAUGAUGAUGCAGAGGAAGAAGAAGACAACAAGAAGAAAGAGAAAGCAUCUAAUCCAGAAGAUCAGAAAAUGCCAAACUUGGAAUUAUCUGAUGACGAAAAUGACGACAACCUUAACGAUUUGAUCUCCACAAACCUCCUACCACUGGCAAAGAAGGCUAAAAGCGGUACUUUCCAAAGUUUUGGUUUAUCAAAGAAGAUACUUCACAACAUUGGUAAAAAAGGUUAUAAGCAACCCACUCCUAUCCAAAGAAAGUCUAUCCCAUUCAUCAUUUCCGGUAGAGAUAUUGUUGGUAUGGCAAGAACGGGGUCUGGUAAAACCGCUGCAUUUUUAUUACCAAUUAUUGAAAAAUUGAAAACCCAUUCCGCCAAAGUGGGUACUAGAUGUGUUAUUUUGUCACCAAACAGAGAAUUGGCUUUGCAAACAUUUAAAUCCUUCAAGGAUUUUUCUAAAGGUACUGGUUUAAGAGCUAUUGUGUUAGUUGGUGGUGAUUCUUUGGAAGAUCAAUUUAGCUCUAUGUUGCAGAACCCGGAUGUCAUUAUUGCCACCCCUGGUAGAUUUUUGCAUUUAAGAACCGAAAUGUCAUUGGAUUUGAAGUCGGUUCAGUACAUUGUUUUCGAUGAGGCUGAUCAGUUGUUUGAAGUUUCCUUCGAAGAGCAAUUGAACGAAUUGAUCGCCUCUUUAUCACCAAACAAACAAGCUAUAUUGUUCAGUGCCACAUUACCAAAGACCUUGGUGAAUUUUGCCAAAAUUGGUCUUAAUAAUCCAGUUUUAAUCAGAUUGGAUUCAGAAACUAAAAUCUCUGACCAGUUGGAAAUGUGCUUUGUCAGUGCUAAACAGGCUGAAAGAGAAGCAAAUCUAUUGUACAUUAUCCAGGAAGUUAUCAAGAUGCCACAGUCCACACCAGAGCUAAUAGCCAAGCUUGAUGAAUUCAAGGAUACUAGAAGUCUUUCCGAUAGUGAUAGUGAAGAUGAUGAAGCCGAUGAUAAAGGUAAGAAAAAGAAGUACAAAAAGAAGAAGUUUAACAAGGAUAUCAAGUUUGCCAAGGCUAAUGAGCUUGUGUCACCAAACGCUACAAUUGUUUUCGUUCCAACUAGACAUCACGUUGAGUAUAUCAAAAACUUUCUUACUCAAGCGGGCCAUGCAUGCUCGUAUAUCUAUGGUUCUUUAGACCAACGUGCAAGAAGAAGACAAUUAUUCAAUUUCAAAGCGGCCAUUACUUCAUUAUUGGUUGUCACUGAUGUUGCGGCUAGAGGUAUUGAUAUUCCAUUAUUGAAAUAUGUUAUCAAUUAUACAUUGCCUGCUUCCUCAAAGUUGUUUGUCCAUAGAGUUGGUAGAACUGCCAGAGCUGGUAACACCGGUUUCGCUUACAGUAUUGUCACCCCAAAUGAAGUUCCUUCUUUAGUUGAAAUGGAAUUAUUCUUAGGAAGAAAGAUUUUGUUGACCGGUAUGCACAAUAAGAAGAAGGAAUUAUUGAAGCAAAAAUGUGAAGAGGAAGGGGUCGAAUAUACUGAACCAAAGGUUUCUUAUUCUGAUAGAUUGGUGUUAGGGUCUGCCCCAAGAAGACACCUUGAAACUAUGAUGGAAUUCAGUAAUGCGCUAUUAAAAGAUUAUGAAUUACAAGUGAUCAAGAAGGUUGCAGAAAAGGCAGAAAAGUUGUACUACAAGUCUAAAGCAAAAGUUACUUCUGUCGAAUCUUUGAAAAGAUCUAAGGAAUUACUCAAAAGUGGCUGGGAUGAACAGAACUUGUUGUUUGGAGAUGACGAAGAAAAGGAAAAAGAGAGUUUCUUACUCAAGUUGCAAAACAGAAGGAAUAAGGAAACCGUCUUUGAAUUCAAUAAGAAAAAUGAAAAAAUGAUUGAAUUCAUGAACAAAAGAAGAAGACAAAUUGCAUCAAUCCAGCAGUAUGCCAAGGAAAGAGAUGAAUUGCUUGAAAAGGAAAGACUUGCUGGAUUAAGUCAUUCUUUGCAAGACGAAGUUCUUAAAGGUGACAAUUAUGAAGUUGGUUUCAAUAUCGUUGCAUCAGAGGGAGAAAUUAAAGAUGCUUUUGAAAAUGCCGAUGAUAUUAUUGAAAGUGAAAAGAAUUCUAAAAAGAAAAAGAAGAGACCACAAUCUUACAAGGAUCCAACCUUCUUUAUGUCUCAUUAUGCUCCUACUUCUGAUAUCCAGGAUAAGCAAUAUGAUAUUCCUACCUCUUAUGCUAAUGAUGCACAAAAGGCUACUUUUGAUCUUGCUGGUGAUGAUAAUGUUCAAGUUCAUAAACAGACCCAAGUCAUGCAAUGGAGUAAAUCGAAGAAGAACUACGUUAACUCCAGAUCCACAGAUGAGAAAUUCAUCAUUGGUGAGAGUGGUCAACGUAUUCCUGCAAGUUAUAAAUCUGGUAGAUUUGAAGCUUGGAAAAAUGACAACAGGAUUUCUUCAAUGAGUUUGAAGGUUGGUGCCAAGGAAAGCCAAGCAGCUAGCAGUGGUGGCCAAAGAUUCAAGCAUAAGCAGAAUAAGGCGCCAAGAGCCCCAGACAGAUUCAGAGAUGAUUAUCAUAAGCAAAAGAAGAAGGUCGAAGCUGCUCUUGACAAGGGUAUGAAUGUUAAAGGUUUCAAAGCAGCUGGGCGUGCCAGUACAAAUGAAAUUAGAAGUACCGAAAAUAUUAGAAAAGAAAGAGCUCAGAAACAACAAAGAAGAGAGAAGAAUGGUCGCCCUAGUAAAAAAAGAAAAUUUUAA